AUGGCCUCUUCACAGGAUUUUGCAACUACUUCUGCUGCCAACGAAGAUUUCACUCGGUAUAUCUACCCCCAUCCACAGGACUAUAUUACUCGUCUUCCCGAUGAACUCAAGCUCAAUGUCACUCAACGCCUAUCUAUUGGCGACCUUGGGCGCUUAGCCCAAACUUCCAGGUUAUUUUACGACUUCAUCACUCCGAUUCUGUACACAAGAGAUAACCGAGACAAGUAUCCCCGAGCUAUUUUUUGGGCAGCGUCAGUCGAUCCUGAUAAGGUACCCAAUAAGAACAUUCUGGCCGUCUUGGACUUUUCCAUUGAAUAUGGUGGUAACCCAAACGCAAUGUAUGUCUCAGCAGGGCCUCUUCCUUUCCGUGCUACUCCUCUUCAUCUAGCUGCUGCCAGCGGCAAAUUAGGCGUCGUCAAGAAGCUCUUGAGAAACAGGGCUGAUCCCAACGCCCUCGGAAAGGGAUUUCUUUACAAUAUGGAGCAGUCUCUUGACCACGGAGCAUUCGAUCCAGGCAGCAUCAAUAUUCUACACAUACUUGCAUCUCAGCACGAGCGAGAGCAUACAGAUGCUACCGGUCUAUCAUAUUUCAGCAAAUACCGCAACCUCAUUAACGUGCCCGUUCCAAGAGGAGAGGCGCCUUUGUCCAUAGCACUGCGCCAUAGAAACCUCGAAUUGAUCAGAGACAUAGUUAUGAACGGUGGUGACAUUGAAGGAGUAAGCGAGUUAGGAACUACUCCGCUAAUACAGGCCAUCACAUGCUUCUACAAAGAACGUACAACGGCGAUACGAAAAGCAUACAUGGAACUCAUCCGCUACCUAGUCGAAGACUGCAAUGCCCAUGUCGGCAAGCAUCCCAAUGACAGAGUGUACCCGACGCCAUUGACUUGCGCCGUUACGGGCUUCGGCAAAGCCCUGCAAUUCCCUUGGAAAGAUGCAGUUGAAGAUAUAUGCUCAAUUAUUACUCUCCUACUCAAGCGUGGAGCCAACAUCAAUGAACAAUCUAACGAUCAAUAUACUGCGCUCAAUGUUCUU